ACCCAUACAUUAGCAUCUCUCAAAGUACCUUUCAACUACAGAGUCAACGAACCAUGGCCGACGCUCUCAUCUCCACUGUUGUCGAACAGCUGAUCAACAUCCUGAAGCACCAAGCCCAGGAGCUAAAAAGAGCUUUGGGUGUGGAGAAGGAGAUCGCAAACCUCUCAUCAAAGCUCGAGAAUAUCAGGGAGGUAUUGGAUGAUGCAGAGAAGAGAAGCUUUAAGGAUAAGGGCAUCAAGCUCUGGAUUGAAAAUAUCCAAGACUUCUGCUACCAAGUGGACGAUGUUCUGGAUGAGUGGAGAACCAGAAGUCUGAGACAACAGAUCGAGAGUCCCGAGGCAAGUCGCAGCUCUUUCCUGCCUUCGCGUUCCAAAUUCAAAAGGUUUGUUAUGCAUCGAGACAUCGCCAAGAAAAUAAAGGAGCUUGAUUCAACACUUGAUCGGAUUACGAAAGAGAAAGGUCAGUUCACAUUUGAUUCUGCAUCUAUAACACACACUUCUGCAGCAUCACACUCUGAUCAGGAAUUGAUGCGAGUCACCACUGCGUUUGAUGUGGAUGCGUCACAGAUUCAAGGUAGGAAAUCCGAUGCCAGUGCUUUAAUAAGCAAGUUACUGGAGAAUUCUGGAGAAGGAGCAAGAAAUGGGCCCCUUGUGAUUUCCAUAGUGGGCACGGGAGGGAUAGGGAAAACUACCCUUGCUCAACUAGUCUUUGAGGAUGAACAGAUCAAGACUCAUUUUGGGGAUGAAAGGGUGUGGAUUUGUGUUUCCGACCCCCUUGACCAGAUCAACAUUGCAAAAGCCAUUGUUGAGUCAAUCACUAAAAGCUCCACGGAUCUGUCCCAACUCCAACUGUUACUGGAAAAGAUCAAAAGCACUUUGUCUGGGAAGAGGUUCCUUCUUGUGAUGGAUGAUGUGUGGACAGAGCAGUCUGCAAAGUGGGAGCCAUUGAAGAACUCUCUCAAGGAUGGACUCCCCGGGAGUAGAAUCUUGGUCACCUCAAGAAGUGAGAGGGUUGCUAGAAUGAUGGGAAGUGUGUAUCUGAAUAAGUUGAAUCUAAUAUCUGACUCCGAAGCUUGGUUGUUGCUUUGCAGGAUAGCAUUUUCUGGGAGAAGCGAAGAGGAUUGUGAGAAACUGAAAGAUAUUGGUCAGAAAAUUGCUCAAAAGUGCAAAGGACUGCCCCUUGCUGUUAAGGUCAUGGGAAGCCUGCUACGUUUCAAAUACACUAGAGAUGAUUGGCAAAAUGUUUUAGACAAUAAAAUUUGGGAGUUGGAGGAAGUGGUAACAGAACUCUUCCCUCAUUUGUAUCUAAGCUACAAUGAUUUGACCCCAAAGAUGAAGCAAUGUUUCUCAUACUGUGCUGUCUUUCCCAAAGAUUAUAAAAUGAAGGUAGAUAUGCUCAUCAGAAUUUGGAUGGCACAAGGUUAUGUGACGACGGAAUCAAAAGGCAGGGAGUUAUUUGGGGGUUUAGCAAUGCGCUCUUUCUUCCAAGAUUUGGAGAAAGAUGACAUGGAUUCCAACAUUAUCAAAUUUUGCAAAAUGCAUGACAUUGUGCAUGAUUUUGCCCAGUUUCUUACUAGAAAUGAAUGCUACAAUAUUGACCAGCAUGAGGAUAAGGUUGGAUUUAAAAAUCUACGUCAUCUUCAGUCAUGGCAGGACACUGGUAGGAAUAUGAAUCUCCCUUCCAUUUGUGAUAUUGGAAAACUUCGUAGCUUUUUUGCUGAAUACCUUUCUCCCGCACAACUUACUCUUGAUUUGUUUAAUGGUCUGAAAUCUGUGAGAGUAUUAAGAUUGCAUGGUUGUAAGUUGCAAAAACUCCCAAAGAAGAUAGGAAAUUUGCUUCAUCUAAGGUACAUUGAUUUAAGUGCGAGUGUUGUAAAUGAGUUACCAGAUGCAGUUUGUUCUUUAUAUAACUUGCAAACUUUAGAUCUUAGAGGAUGUUGGAAAUUUUCUAGACUGCCUGAUGGGAUUGGAAAUUUGCGUCAAUUAAGGUACAUUAAUUUAAGUUGGAGCAAUGUAGAGACGUUGCCCGAUACAAUUUGUUCUUUGAAGAACUUGCAAACUUUAGAUCUUGGAAGAUGUUAUCAAUUUUCUAGACUACCUGAUGAGAUUGGAAAUUUGAGUCAGCUAAGAUACAUUAAUUUAAGUGAGAGCAAAGUAGAGACGUUGCCCGAUACAAUUUGUUCUUUGGAGAACUUGCAAACUUUAGUUCUCAAAAGCUGUGAGCAUUUUUCUAGACUACCUGAAGGGAUUGGAAAUUUGAUAAACUUGAGACACCUUAACAUCAGAGACACCAAUAGGCUGGAGAUGAUGCCCCAAGGUAUCGCAAAGCUAACUCAGCUUUGUAGUUUAAGUGGGUUUAAGGUGAGGAAAGAGUCAAGUAAGUUGGGAUACAUGGAGAAGCUGAACCAACUCAAAGGGGAGCUGUCCAUAAUUUUUUUGUGCGAUCUGAAUAACGCAGCAGAUGUGGAGGAAGCAGAGAAAGCAGAAUUGAGAAACAAGAAGCAUAUUGAAGACUUGCGAUUGGAUUUCAGUGGGGGAGUCGAUGUGGGAAUAGAUGUGAUGGAAGCUCUGAAACCACCUCCGGAACUGCAAACCUUGGAACUUAAUGGGUACGGAGGAAUCCACCUCCCUUCCUGGAUUUUACUGUCGCUUGAUAAUCUACGGAUCCUUAGAAUCGAUGAGUGCUUAAAUUGGUCAUCUUUGCCUCCAUUAGGCAAACUGCCUUCUCUAGAGACUCUUCGAAUAUGGUGGAUGAAAGAGCUAAGAUAUGUAGGGAGAGAGUUUUUGGGAGUAACAGAAGUAGGUGGUGUUGCAUUUCCAAAGCUGAAGAAAUUGAAGUUCUCAUAUUGUGAGGAGUGGGAGGAGUGGGAAGACUUGAAAGAAGAAGCAACAAUAAUAAUAAUGCCAUGCAUCAGGGAGUUGCUACUAAAGGGAUGUUGGAAACUUAAGACAGUGCCACAUCACCUCUUAAGUAGGCUGGAGUAUUUGAAGAUCGAAGGCUGUCCGCAUCUCAAAGUUGAAUAGAUCGAGUGAAAUAUGUAACACUCCACAUGCCGAUCAGGUGUCAAAAUGGUGACGUCAUUGUACUUUCAGGUAAGGCCGCUGCUUCUACGGGGUGGAAGUCGUACUUGUAACCUUGUGGUUAUCAAGUUAACAGUCCGACCAACUUGAUCAUUUGAGCAAAAAUUAUCAAGUUUAUCUCUUUUAUACUUUGAAUCUCUACUACUUUAUAUAUUUAUUAAAUUAUCAAGUUUAUCUCUUUUAUA